UUAGAUCUUUUAAGCAGGUGUUUUUUGCUUACAUUAUUGCCUUCUGGUUAGCUAAUGUUUGCCCUGCAGGUAAUCGUCACUUUUCCACCCCUUUAUAUAUUAGGUAUAGUUGUAAGUUAAAAAAAAGGUCAAAGACAAAGCUAUUCGGGUUCUUGUGAGUAUAUACACUUCACUGCCGAUGUGGGGGGGCGCCACCUAAAAUCUUGCCUAGGGUGCCAGAUUGGUUAGGGCCGGGCCUGGGCGGGCGGAUGCGGUUCUGAUCAAAUGUUAGAUCGGGUGGAUUGCGGAUGGUUGACGACUUUCUGAUGCGGUUGCGGAUGAAAUAAUUGCCUAUCCGCGCAUCUCUAAUAUAUAUAUAUAUAUAUAUAUAUGCUCACACAAGUUCAGUAAAUAAUUUAAAUUUGGAACACAGAAUCAUCGUUUUCACAGCUUUUUGCUUGUUAGAGGUAGAAAGUGUUUUAACGUAGUGUUCUAAUUCUUUUUUAAAGGCACAAAAAACAGGUCGGGUAUUGAGAAACUUACAUUUAUGAAUAUCAUUUAAUGAAUCUUAAUGUUGUCCUCCACAGAUUUAUUUCACGUGUAAGAAAUCAGCAAUACCGGAACCAUUGUAAGGGGAACUUAAGGGCGGGGGACACAGGAUGUGAUGUCAUGUGUUGGACACCCGGAAGUGGCAGAAGUAAGAGCGGGAAUAAAAGGCAGAAAAAGACACCUCAUCCACAACAACCUCUUAGUGACGUCACACCUUAAUGACGUCACACGUGCUGCGGUUGGCACGGACGCUGAGCUCGCACAGCCGGAGGACGACCGCGUGACAAGGUGAGUGAGCGCGCACGCGCGAAAGUGAAAGCGUCGAAUGGGGCGGCUGUGCGUUGCCAUGGAGACCAACAACACGCGCACACUUCUUCCGUGAGCAGGCCGGCGUCGGCAUGGAGAGCCGAGUGGUUCCGAGCGGGAAAGUCUACCAGCAGCUCUUCGACGACCAGGUUCGACUGUCGAGGGGUCUGCUGGCGCGCAGACACUCCACGGCCACCAUGUGCGUGUCCGCCAUGAACACGCCCUGCAGCAGCGAGUGGCAGCAGAGAGGCGAGGAGGGCGACCAAGACGUUGAGGACGUCAUCAGACUUCCGGACACAGUCGGUGUCAGUCACGUGACGUGUGACAUCCUGCAGCGUGUGCACCAGCACAAGAGGAUCAAACACCAGGAAGUUGUGCGCCACAUGGACGCGCAGCUCGCGCAAGUGGCACAGGUGUGUUCACCGGCGUGUGAGAUCCAGGUGAGGACGCACAGCGCGCAGCUGUUGUCUGCGCUGCGGCGCAUCAACGAGCGCGUGGACGCACUGCAGCACAACAUGCGAGGCGCGGAGCAGCGCGACAUGCAGGAGGUGGUGUGCAUGUGGAGCGAGCUGGAGGAGCAGCUGAAGAAGAAGAAGAAGAUGGUGGCGGACUUCCAGCUCCAAGUCGGCGAGUGCGAGAGGCAGCGAGUCAGCAAGAUAAGACCUGUGCUCAGGAAGUACGGCCACCUGCUGGAGAAGAUCAACUUCCUGCCGUGUGCCGACAUGCACCGACAGAUCCACAGCGAGGCCACGAUGCUCAACCAGACCCUGCUGGCCAACCGGCGUAGUGCGGCACGCCUCCUGCUGCUCCUGCAGGAGGCCAACCUCCAGCAGGAGGCGCGGCUCCAUCUGCAGUGGGAGGAGUCUCUGGGCCGCUGGAGGUGGAGCCGAGCCGACCAGGUGGUGCAGGAGUUCAGGUGGGUGGAGAGGGGGCGAGCGAGCGAGAGCCCGGGGCCGAGCGUGCGGCGUGUUGCGUGUUGCAGGUCGGUGCUGGCGAGCGUGGACGUGUGGCAGCUGCUGGCGGACCAGCCCACCUUCCAGGAAGUGGCGCACAGCCUGCGGCGUCUGGCGCAACAACGCUGUGACAUCAUCGCCGGCAUCAGCGCCUUGGUCCCGCCCCUGCUGUCGGAGGCCCACGUGUCGGACUGGUUCGGCCGGCUGACAGCUGUCAAUCAGCACAUCGACAGCCGCCACUCGGACUUCCUGCAUCAGCUGCGCUGCUGCUACGAGCUGGUUUGGCGGGAGCGCCUGGCUCAGGUGCAGCGACACCAGGAGGCGCUCUCCUCUCUGGACCUGUCGGCGGUGGAAGUGGCGGACAUCGUCAAGUCUCAGCUCCUCACUCUGAUUGGUCAAUACCAGCGGCAGGAUGAAGGACAGCUGGCGACCAUCGACACGUGCUCAGACGGGUUGUGGGCGGCGUCCGCCAGGCUCAGCAGGCGUGUCUUCGUGGUGAUGCGCGCCUUGGCCUUGCUGUGGGAGGAGCACAGCGCCAAGCUGCUGCGCCAGGAGGAGGACAUCCAGCGGCAGCUGGACGAGCUGAGGCUGGCGCAGGAGAAACACGUGCAGAGAAAGAAAGUCUACCUGGACGAGAUGCUGGCCGGACUUCGCCAGGAGAGCAGCGAGCCGGCCCUGAGGAAGUAUCUGGAGCAGACCGUGCACUACCUGAGCAACCUGAAGGAAAGGUGUGCUCGACGCUCUUAUUGUGAAGGUGUGGGCUUCUCACUUCCUGUGUGCUUCAACAGCUGCGGCGAGUGCGUCUCGGAUCAGCGCCGCGUGUUGGACCGCCUCCCGCACAUCUAUGUGGCCGAGCUGGACGUCUACAGCGGACACCUGAGCGACUUCUUCCGCCUCAGCCACGCCUUCACCGCGACCGCCGAGGAUGUCCGGAAACUCCCGGCAGUCGACGACGACGACGACGUCGCCAGCGCCGCAGAAGGCGGGACAACAGCGGCGAGUCCAAUCAGCAGUCAGAGUGCCGACGAGCCUGAGCCGUCCUCUGAUUGGCUGACGGAGGCCCAGACGUCCCUGCUGGACCUGUACGACCUCAGCAGCAAGGUGGCGUUCACGUCGUCAAGGGGCGUGUCCUACUCGGGCCCCUGCUUCCGAUGCCCCGCCAGCGACCUGCCCGGCAACAUGAGCAAGCAGCAGGAAGCGCACCAGAGCCUGUUUCCUGUGGAGCUGCUCACGCACACGCUCAGCAGGGCGCGCACGUCCUUCCUGGAGCACCUGGAGCAGCGCUACCAUGAGGUCCUGACCAGCGUGGUCACCACGGUGACGGAGAGGAAGGAGGCGGUGUGGGCGUACCACGAGCUCCAGAUGCAGCAGUUGGCGCCACAACACGUCAAGAAGUGCAUCUACCUGCCACGCCUGGCCGAGCUGCGGCAGCACAAGCAGCGUGUGGACGCUCACUGCCAGGAAGUGUCCGACGUGCUGGCUUCCUGUAUGGCGGCGCUACAUCAGCUGCAGACCUCCGUCAACGCCAAGAACCACAAGCUCAUCGCCACGCUGUCCAAGAUGGACGACAGCGUCCGCAAGACGGACGGCAGCAGACGGCUGGAGACGCUUAGCUCCACCCUGCAGAACUGUCUAGAUGAAUACAUCAAAGACACCCAGCUCUCCAACACCGCCUUCAGACAAAUGCUUCAUCUCAAAAUGGAUGAACUCCGACGCAAGACGGCUCACCUCCUCCACUCCUUCAGGUUGUUCAGCGAAGGCGGUGACUUCACUCGCACCGAGGUGAAAAUCUUCCAGCGCCAUCUGAAAGAAGAAAGCAAACGCAUCAGCGUGGCGGAGGAGAGCGUCUACGCCGAUCUUCACAACCUGGAGUCCAAGAGUCUGCAGCAGGUGAAAGCGGUGUCGGGGCGUUUCGAGGAGAAGCUGUCCAUGCUGCAGGCCGAGGUGAAGUUCAUGGAGAAGAUCCAGAGGAUUCUCAGCAGCACCCAGGUGGAGGCCAAAGCCGAGACGGCCAGCAGCAACCAGCAGGAGGCCACCAUCAGCGCGCUCAUGGAAGAUAUGAGGAAGACUCUGGAUAAAGAGAAGGUGUGUGUGGAUGAGGUGUGUGUGUGGCUGUCAUCCCUCAGCGUGGCCCUCAAGAGGCGGAGUCAUUACUUGGACGAGGAGAACGCACCCGCGCCCGCCGCCGCCAAAUCCAGGAAGCAGGUGUGUUCGGCUCCGCCUCCCGCUCUGCUGCAGCCCUGCAGGUCGGGGGGCAACAUCCUGGAAGACCCCAUAGUGGGCGUGGUCAAGUCCCUGAACAGGUUCUCUGGGGGUCCCGACCCCACCACCGCCGGCCCCGCCCCCCUCACAGGUCGAAGCUCCACCCAUCGCCAGCUGUCAUCGCGACGUAGUGAGUCUGCUGCUGUGACCAGGUCCUUCAGAACCGACAGAAGGUUCCAGAUCUUUGGGUCUAAAUCUGAAUCAGACCAGAAUCCAGACUGCUACAUCUCCAUCGUGAACGGCGUGCUGAGGAGGACUCACCACAGCCUCCUGCUGGUCGCCAAGGACUUCUACCAGAGCCAGCGCUGCGGCGGCUUCUACCUUCUCCCCGGCGGCCUGGACCAGUGGGUGGACAGCAUCCAGCAAAGGCUGCUGGGAUAUCACGAGCACGCUAGGACGCUUCUGAGCGCCAGCAAGGAAGCGCUGGAGCAGCAACAGUGUGUGUUGGCCGACAUCAUGCGCUCGCUUCCUGACAAGCUGAUCCGUAACCACGAGCAACAGAUGGAGGCGGGGCUCAGAGAGGAGGCGGGCCUCGUGAGACGGAAGUUCGACAGGAUGAUCGCGGCCAGCGAACAGGAGCAGGAGGCCAACGUGGCGCGGCUGCGGGUCUCGCUCUCCGACCACCAGAUGAACCAGCUGCGCCGCGGCGAGGAGGACAGGCAGCGGCGUCUCCACGAAACCGUCCUGCGCUCGCACCAGCAACUGCAGGAGUGUGUGAGACGCAAGGGGGAGGAGUUUGUGACAUCACUGGCGUCCCUGGCAGAGAACCUCCUCCGUCACAUGGACCAGCUGCCUCUUGCAGAAGUCACCUCUGAGGACAGGCCUGUAACCAUGGAGACGGGACAGCAGCCCUUCAGGAAGUGGUCAGGUAUCGCUCACCUGUCAGCUGACCCGUCUCCCUGCGUUCCCACGGCAACAACAGCACCCGUCACCACCAGCAGGUGCACUUUUGGUCACAUGGCCGUCAUUGAAGGCCGAGACGCUGCUGUCCAGCGCUUUGAGCAGGCGUCCAUGUUGGAGGUGACACAAUCGGAGGCGGUGACGCGAAGGCGACUUAACGAGCUGGAGAGCUGGAAGACGCACUGGAGGCGGCAGACACGCCCCCCCGCCCCGUGAUUGGCGGAGCACUCUGUGAUGUCAUAUGAGCUGUCAAUCAAGAGAACACCCAGCCAAUGAGACAAAAAGGGAUUUAUUGCGGCCUCACGACUCCGACGUCACGUCCGACACUUUAUCCAUGGAGCGCAGCAGCUGAGAGACCAGGCGCAGAGACUCCGCCCCCUCCAGCAGCUGACUGGAUGAACACGCCCACCUGGUCACGUGACACGCUUUUUUUCCCCCCCCACGGACGUGCAAAUAAAUACUGACCAGA